GACAACAGCUGGCUGUCAGCGGCAGAGCACAGAGGAGCCGAGCGAGGAGCGAGACACACGCCAGGAUGAGGGGAGAGAUGACGUGAAAGUUUAAGACGACGGAAAGAAAAACAAGAGGAGAAGAAGAGCUGGCGGCGCGCUGGGAGCCAAGAACAGAAAACACAAAUCACCUCUGCUUCCUCCACCAUCUCUUGGAAUGGAAACAAAACUGAAAACCUGCUGACGCAGAAUCCCACAGCACCGUGCAAAGGAUAAGGCAGCCGUUUCUGGAGCAGCUCACUUGGGCAUAAAGCCUGGAGAGCUUGUGACAGAAUGUCUACUGAAACCUUUCUGAAGGAAAUUCAAGGCAUUGCUGAGAAGUUUCUCCUUAAGCUUCAGAAACUGCCCAAGGCUGAGCCAGUGGAAAUUGUCUGCUUUUGUGUGGUUCUUCUGUUCAUCGUCACUGUUCUGGUGCUCAUGAUCAUUGCCUGCAGUUGCUGCUGCUACAGCUGCUGUGGCUGUGAUGACACCAGAGGUAGGAAGAGCCAAGUCCGCCCAACUGCCCGCUCGUGAAGUUCAACGAGGUGACACAACCUACUAUCAAGGACACGCAUGGACAUCAUGAUUCAGUCCUAUGGGAAUGACUUUCCACACUAGCUCACUGAAAAUGGCAAUAACAAUAUUAAUUAACAUGACUCAAAGGACCAGAAA